AUGGUGAGAAGAAGAUGGAGUUGUUGGCUGCUGCUGCUUGCAGCAGCCAAUGGUAGUCCCAUGCCAGAGCGCGCUGCAGCGCAGGAUGCAUCGCGAAAGCUGCAUCCACAUGGCAGCAACAUGCUUCAAAUGCAAACUUCAGACCCGAUUUCAUUCCGGGAGGAUGGCCUGCUCCAGUUCACGGGCUCCUCUGGGAGCCUGCAGGUCCGAAUUGAAGUACCCAGGACUUUCAGUCACUUCAUGCGAGGGCUGAUGUUCCGGCCCUCGCUGGAAGAUGGCACUGCCAUGCUUUUCCAGUGGGACCAAGAUGGACCUCGGAGCUUUUGGAUGGAAAACACUUACAUGCCGCUGGACAUCGUGUAUGUUAACAGCCAGCACAAAAUAGUUUCCAUAAAGCAGGCCAUGCCACUGUCUACACGAGGUGUCCCAAGCGAGUUGCUGGCCAGCUCCGCCAUCGAGGUACCUCAAGGCUGGUGCCAAUUGCAUGGAGUCAGAGUUGGUGACGAAGUGGGCUGGAGAACGGACACUCCAGCAUUCAUUGCCAGAGAUGCAGCUGACUUCGGAGCCAGCCCUGCAGAGGUUGAGGAAGCUAUCCGAGAUGGUAACUACCGUGCCUAG